AUGGCGCCGGGCAGACUGAAAGCCGCAAACACGAGGGACGAGAGUCUGGUGUUCCUCAGUCUACGAGGUGAGGUUUUUGAAGCUGUGGAUGAACUGGUGGAAGAAUAUAACCAGCUGGACCCUUCAAAAGCAGUCGACAUAACGGCACCAGCGUUUUCUGUGUUGCGGCUUCAGGAGAUGAGGGACUUGCUGAGGCCAAUACGGGAAGCAACAGAUGCGCUGCAGGGCGACGGCGUUACGUCGUCCAUUGUCCGUCUGUGCAUUUCAACGUGUUACAUACAGAUACAAACCUUCAACACAACCACGUUCCCAGUACUUCGGUUGGAACUCCCCGAAGAGAUUGACCGGCGGUUCAAAGCUACCCUGAGCGAUGACUACCUAAUCGGUGCAUGUGUCCUGAACGCCAGGAUACAGCUCAGAGUCUUUGAACAGACUGUUGCUCUCGGGCUGAGCAAAGCAACCUCCGCAGAUGCCAGAAAAGUCCUGCAUGGAUUAUUGGAUGCGCAGCAAAAGGCUGUGGGCCACCAAGAAGACACCAUCAGCGAUCCUGUGCCUUCCACUUCGAGGUCAGAGCAUGCUGUGGAUCUUUCCAGAGCCCUCGGCAUCUACGGGGUCCUUGAUACGGUGUUCCCGGUUCCCGAAGUUCGGCAGACGUCUGAGCUUGGCGAGUACCUUGCGGAAGACUAUGACGUGCGAGAUGUCUGCACGUUUUGGAAACAUAACUCCAGUCGAUAUCCUAAACUGGGUCUAUUAGCGGAGGUCUGCUUUGGCAUACCGGCCACAUCCGGUGGUGUCGAACGUCUUUUCUCGGUAGCCGGUGCAAUACAAAGGGCGCGACGGUCCUCGCUUCUCCCGACUACUGUGGAAAAACUCAUCCAUGUGGUGGAAAGCGUGAAGAGGUCAAAAGGGCAGGAAGCCGGAGACAUUCCACGACGGAGUCAUUAA